AUGGCAGCGGCGACACAUGUCGAGAACAUCGAUCUGCAGGAAGUGCAAGACGUCUGGAGAAAGUUGCUCAAGGCCGGCGCCACCCACAAGCAGCUGGAAGAAGCAGUUUACGCUGUGGCACUAGAGGAGUCUGAGCAUCUGCCAAAGAUCCCUGUGAUCUACAGUGCCUCUAACACCCUUUACCUCACCAGCGACUUCGAGGCCUUUGCAAAAGAAGCCGCUGCCGACAGCGAUCCUCAGCUUUCCCUCGCAAAGAAACACAGAGACAACCCGCAGCUGCGUCCAGAGCUGUAUCCGCUGAUCUUCGCGUAUGGCAAGAGCAUCUGCGACAGCCGGCCCCAUGUGGCAAAGGUUCUAAGCAUGCUGAUGAGUCAGCGGCUGGAGGCGCUCAUCGCGCAGCUGAAGCCGCAGCUGCAGAUUCAGAGCACCUGGGGCGAAGCUUCCGCGCUGGUGGAAGCCAUGCGUGCGCUGCUGCGCGGCGGCCGCUUUGGAAGUUGCUCUUGGUUUUUGGAUGGCAUAGGGCACAUUGAUCCGGCGGUGCACUACGAGGGGCUGAAGGCGGAUGUGGCCGUUCUGUCAAAGGAAGACCUGCAGAAGGGCAUCAAAUUCCUGGACAGGCAGCUCGACCACGCACCGAGAGACUUGCGCGCGAGCGAGGAAGCCAUCGAGCAGCUGCGCGCCAAGUUUGGCGCUGCAAAGGUGGACGCAUGCGCGGCGUUCCUCGGGUCCGAGGACGGAUGUCGGCUGCGCGAAGCGGUCGAGCAGGGCAGAAAGGGCCUGGACAUGGGCAGCAAACGGCAGCGUUAUGGCAAGCCUGAAAGCAUCUGGGAUUUUGUUGCAAGGAAGCUGAGCCCAACCAACUUUUGCAACCCGGAAGUGACCGGCCUGUGCCGGAGCGCUGUGGGAUUUGCCGAUGCCUUCCCGGAGCACUGGUUUCUGUGCCCGCUGCUGUGGAAGCUCGACCGGGGGGACAGGGCUAAGCUGGAUGGCGAUGCAUGCAUGUGCGCGCUGGCCGCUGUGAACGGCAGCAUCGAUCUGGGCCAGGCACAGGGCAAAGCAGAGGCCGUCCACGAGCGUGCCGGGCUGCUCUUUGCAGCUGAGACCUACUGCACUCUGGCGCUGGAGUGGGUGCCUGCGCUGGUGCAGUGGAGGGUGGAGUUUGACGAAGAGAUAGAGGGGAUCGAGAGGGUGCUGUGGGGGCGCAACAAUGGAGCUGCUGUGCCUGAGCGAGACGCAGACUUGGCGGAAGAGGAUCUUUAA